GACAGUAUGAGACACUUUAAAGAGACUGACCUAGAUAUUGUAAUGAAAUUAUUGACAAUCCCCUCAGUCCUCAGGAUUUAGAUAGAUCUAUCGGUAAAACUUUUUCUACAUCAAAACAGGAUUAUUAUACGAUAUAGUCAGUGAGUUGAUAGAUCUAGACCAAAACCAAAAAUGUACUUAUGGCAAAGAUACACAAAUAAUAUGUAUAUAUAUUUGUUCUGACAUAAAAAAAUAAACUGAACUGCAGUUGAGAUUAUAUCUCUCCAUGAACGUAUUCUAGAGCAACAACACAAGUAGCUUCAAUGGCUCCCGGGCUUUCACUUGUGACUAAGAGGAUUCUCUCUGCCCUUUUCUAUGGGUUGUCUUCCAUGCUUAUUGUUAUUGUCAACAAACUUGUCCUCACUUCCUAUGGUUUUCCAUCAUUCCAAGUUCUUGGACUUGGACAGGUUGUGUCUGGGAUUGUUGUGUUAUAUUUAGCUAAAUUGUUCAGAUUGAUCAGCUUUCCAGAUUUAUCUGUGGACACAGUUUGGAAAGUCUGGCCUUUGCCUCUGAUAUACAUCUCAAAUUUAAUAUUUGGCCUUGGUGGAACUAAAAAGUUAAGUCUUCCAAUGUUUACAGUUUUACGCAGAUUUUCUAUUUUAUUUACAAUGAUAGCAGAGUAUUAUAUAUUGAGUGUCAGGGCCAGUCGUUUUGUACAGUUUACUGUAUACCUCAUGAUCCUAGGAGCUAUGAUAGCUGCAAGUGAUGAUUUGUCCUUUGAUUUGAGUGGUUAUACAUUUAUUUUGCUGAAUGAUCUGACCACUGCUGCCAAUGGUGUUUACACAAAACAAAAGUUGGAAGCCAAGUCACUUGGGAAGUAUGGUCUUUUGUAUUAUAAUUCUCUCAUAAUGGUUCUUCCAAUAUUUGUACUAACUGUAAGUUCUGGAGAACUGGCUCAGGCUAUGAUGUUCAAAGACUGGUUAGAUCCCGUGUUUCUAAUACAGUUUCUUUUAUCCUGCUUUAUGGGAUUUGUGUUAAAUUACUCCAUCAUUCUGUGCACAUUGUACAACUCUGCUCUCACUACUACCAUUGUAGGUGUUUUAAAGAAUCUCCUAGUAACCUAUCUGGGAAUGUUUUUGGGGGGAGAUUAUGUUUACUCAGCAACAAACUUCAUUGGCAUCAACAUCAGUGUACUGGGCAGUAUUAUGUACACAUAUGUGACCUUUCGUCAACGCCCGACCUCGAGCCCUAUAACAAAUGUUGUGAAAGAAGAUACAGAGCUAGGCCAGCAUAGUGAGGUUACUUUUUAAAAAAAGCUCUUAUUCAGCAGGGAUCAGCCUGAUGGAAAAGAAAAAGAACUCAGCAAUGUAUCUAGUUCUGCUCCUACUGACCCAGGCCUGAUUCCACACAAUUUGAUAUCUCAGAGCUAAUGGGAAUUUUUCCAUUAACUAGAAACAAUCAGUGCCUCACUUGCAUAUAGUACAAUUAUUCUUUAUAUUUUAUAAUAUAUAUAUUUAUUGCACAUCCUUGUUUUGUAUACUAGUCAUGUCUUAAAGAUUGACUUAAAAAAGGUUGACUGCUAAAAAUAAAAAUUGGGGAACUACUAA